CCAAGAUGUAGUUGUUGACACAAAUAAACUUCCAUCAUGAUUUGUAGUACUAGUUAUAGCAGAUGAUCGAAAAAUAAUGAUGACCUCAUCGUCCUCUUCCUCUUCGUCCUCAGAUUCUGUUGUGGUUCCUCACUCCUCCAAGCAGAGCAUGGAUCUGGGUCGCGGAGACCGUGGUCUGUUCUGGCGGGUGCGUUAUGCAUGUAGCGCAUUGUCGAUUAGCGAAGGGCAAGCCGAUCUGAAAGCAUUGCUUCAUGAAGAGCAGAAAAAGGCAGCUGCAGCACCAUUCUCGCGCUCGUCGCUGGCGCAGAAUACUCAUCAGCCGAGUUUGUUAGCUGGAGGACAGCACGAAGGAGGUGAGAGGGCAUACCCACUUUUGGCCUAUACGCUACGGUUGCUGAGUCGCCGCGAUGACACGGAAUCGCUCAAACUGUUGCGCGAGUUGUGCGCCGAUUUUGACUGCGGAUCGGUACUCGCCUUCGGACAACUUGUCGCAGAUGUUGCUCGCGCAGAGUUGCUUGUCGCUGCCUCUUGUGCUAGCAUCAAGACGAGUCCAAGCACGACUUCUACUCUCGGCGCAUCAGCGUCUUCAUCAAGCCAGAUGGUCGUAGUCACGGGUAAUUCUCCAUCGAGGACGUCAUCAUCGAGUGGCGUACCAGCUACGUCGUUGGUUAAUAGUAAAUCAGCUGGCGCAACAACAGCGGCAAUGCAGAUUGGUGGAUCUUCCUCUUCGUCAGCAGGUCUCCCGUUAGGGAGACGGGUGCGCAGCUGCAGUAUAGAUUCUGCUGUGGUGCAGUACUCAGCAGCAGAGAGGUGGUUACAAAGCUUCACACAGCGGGCGGGUUUGCCGUUAUCUUCCGCAGUGGCUUGCGCUGUAUCCUCGUCUUCGUGUAAUCAGGAGUCAUUUACUACUACAGGGAAUGACACAACGACGCAUACUAGCAAGAGUUGUCGGAAUAACUACCGCGACAGUGGACUUGCAGCCGGUCGCUUGGGGCCAUCAGGAAGCGAAAGUGGGCUUCAUCGUUCCAGGAAUCAAUCCAAUAUUUAUGUGGGAAUGCCUGAUGGACGCUCUUCCGCUACCUCGUCCCAACAGCACGACACACAGUUUUUACUGGAGUUGAUGAGAGAUUGGGAACAAUCGGCACCAAAAAGCAGAGAAAAAUUGAAUCCGCUUGUGCGUGAUCUGCUAAAGUUGCACUCAGCAAGGCAUGAAUGGUCCGACACUGAGAAUUGGUAUCGAGCACUUUUUGCCGAGGAAGAUCAAGACGAUGCGGCGGCUGCAGGGAGGCAUGCUCACCAUGUCGAACUAGAAGGAGAAAGGCCUGAAGUUGACUCCAAAGUAGAGCCAGGUGCAGGAGCUGCCCCUUGUUCUAGUUCAGGACGAUGUGAAGCCCUCUCUUGUGAUGAAGGUGAUACGAAGACUUCCACUAGUUGUACAGGCAACAUUUUGGAAAGUGGACGAGUACUAGAUCAUGCUGGAGUGGAUCUUAAAGAUGUUGAAAACAAUCAGUCAUUACAGACUUUCGCAUGUGAAGAACCAAAUAGAAAAGCGCACUUUGGAUCUACAACAGAUGAAAGGAUGGAGAAAGCGGAUGGUUUUUUAGGGGGGCCUGCUGUUGCUGGUGAAACGACAUGCCCGCAAAAGGAAGUUGAGUGUGCUUCUAGAAGAGGUCAUCAGCACUCGCCUCACAAUGAAGCCAGAACAAACAAUAGCAGCCGGUCUUCAAGUAGCUUGUCUUGUGAUCCCACGAACAAGGAGAACAAUGAGUACCACUCUGGAGGAAUUUCAAAUUCAACAGCAGCGGCGAUUGAGCUACUGCGGAUAUUGGGCCCCUUAUCCAUGAACGAUAAGGCUUGGGCCCACUUUUUACGGAUGCACGCUGCCGAUGCGCCGAUUGAAACGCUGCUCCGAAACAUUUGUACCGAACUUGUGGAAGAUGAUGACGAGGGUGCAAACAGCAUUGAGGCACCUUCGCCGGGUUCUGCGGAGCUCCUGCAACGUAAGUAGAUAAAUUAGUGAAGAUUGAAGUGGUUCGCAGCACAGUUUUAUUUUGGAUGGCCACAUGGGUCAUUCCCGGUGACAAUUUCUCUUGAAAAAAAUAAGUACAUCUAAUGUACUUGUUUCCGUUCUGCCUUGUAAAAAUGUUACAACCUCCGAUGUUUCGGUCGAGCUCGCGGCGUCGCAUUGUUGCCACUGUUUCCUAUGCUCCACCUCCAUCACGACCAUUUUCAGGUUCUACGAUUUGGAACGAGUUUUCUGAACUUACGAAUGGUGAAGCACGUGCCUUGUCGGAGGAAGAACAAUCUUCAGGGAGUUGGAAAAGCAGUUGCGAGCGCUUUGUGCGAGCUACACUGGAGCUAUACCCAUUUCUCACUUGGGCAGACAUUCUCCUGGCGCCAGUAAAUCCAAGCAAAAAUAAUGAAGGAACACCAAGAGGACUGGGACUGGCGCUGCUUGAGUCAAACACUGCGUGCUAUGAACGUUUCGCGCAUUUAUGUCGAGUAACAAAGCUCUUUUCGGAGUUCACUUACGAUGGAGGCACCUUCCAAUAUUUUGCUAAAGACUAUCAAUUUGGAGGAGGUUCCCACUCCUCCUCGUCUACAUCGUCGUCAUCAACACCGUCACACAGAAGAGUGCAAGUCCUGCCACUUCUCCGAGCAGGUCUCUCUGACAUACACUUCGAGAAGAUGCUUGCGGACAGCGGAGCGGGAGACUGCGAAUGUCUUACAAAACCAGUCAACUCUGAAAUCCGAUCUAGCGACACCGAGACAGGCAGCAAGGACGAAGGUACAUCCUUUUACGAUCUGAGAAACUGAGUCUGAUUCACGAAGUUAAAUUUUGAGAAAUAUUGACGUCUGGGCAUAUUCCUACCCGACACUAAGUAUGAAUAUGGUCUUGUUCUUUCUAAAAAGAUGAUAUAUUUAUCAGUUUAUAAUUCAUAUUCAUGACCAGGUUCUGCGUGCUUGUAUUCAAGUUUGAUUUACCCCGAAAUUUUGGAUCGAGCGCUGCGUGUCAGCGACCCUGCGCGUUUGUUUGAGAAAGUCGCCUCCGCGUCUCCGCAUGUCGUUGAAAGUGUUGUUGAGACGCUCGUGGAGCACUUCGUUUUCGAGGCUGGCUAUCCGCGUCAUUUCCAGCCGGCGGGAUAUGAUGAAUCUGCGGUGAAAGAAGUGGAUCCCGGCCGGGUGCAGCGCUUGCAUGAAAUCGGCGUCUUAGAGAUUGGCUUCGACGCGGAAAGUCUCUCAGCUGAACAAAUUUUCUGGGACAAGUAUCACAUUCGUUUGCCUUCGCCCUCAUUUAUUUCUUGUCGUAGUUGUAAUAGCUCUUCGUCUUCAACGGACGAGCACGAGCAUCACAACAUCACAAAGGACUCCUGCGCGCACGCAGAGCAGCACUGUUCGGCAGGAACAAGUAGUAGCAAUACACCUUCUGGCACUGCCGGAUCAGCACAGGAGGCUAAGACUUUUCAUCAAGACGGUGACGAAAAAACUGAAAGAAAGCAGACAAGGAAUGACAGAGUGAAUGCGCCUCCGAAUGAGCUCCUCGCAAGAGAAACUUUUCAAAAAGUUUUUGCUUUCUGCGUGGGUAAGGUUGAGAGCCUCGGUAAGAUGUGUGAUCGUAUCCCUGGCACUUUCCUGAAGGUCAUGGCGGUUCUUAGUGCACACAAGGAGGCAGAAGAAAAAUAUAAGCAAAUAGAACCUGGGGUGAAGUCAUCGACAUCUACCCAAGACAUCUCUUUUUUGGUGCCGAUCGUGCAGGAUCUACAGAAAAAAGGACAUUUGGUGCGGUUGCUGAAGCGCGCACCGGAUCUUCUUAUUGCGGCUGAGCCAGGGUCGCCCCACAAGCACGUUGACUCGUUGUCAUCUACGAGUGAUAGAGUGUCUGUCUUUUCCAAUGUUGGUACUGGCGCCACUGCAAUCGCUGUGCAACAGCCGCGUGAAGACAAAAAUAUUAGGGUUCUUCGAGCAGAGGGCCGACAACAGCAGAGCCUGCUUCAUGAGGAUGCAACUUCUCCGCGUCACACCCUCGAAGGAUCUGCGACGACGUGGAUGCGUGGGGCAGUGACUUCAGUCCUGAUUCAAAUAUGUUUUGAAUGCCUCGGAAUGAACCUUCAGAUGGCCGAAGUUUUACGAUCCGUUCGAGCUGCUUGCGUUGCGGUAUCUUCGGCAUCGUUUACAAAAGAAUGCAUUCGUUUGUUGGAUGCCAGGCGUAUAGCCGGUCGCGGACCGGAGAUCGCGCCGCUUUUGCUGCCUUGUCUCGUCGAAAAUCAAGCUGCGUUGUCCCCAGGUGGACAGCAAAGUCUCGAGGCGCUGGGUACGUACUAUAAGAGCGGCAGGGGCACGCCGUCGGCGAGCACCUCCACCGGGGGAGACCACGACGGAAGUAGCACAACCAACGCGUUCAACAUGAUGAUGAGUCUCGGGACUGGUAACUCCGCAUUGGACCACUUAUUCGCGUCGUCACCUGGUAAAGAAAGCGGUCUGGGAGCAGCCGGCGGCACGACGGAAACCUCAGGGGUCUGUCUUGGCAGCGGUGCGACAAACGUGCUCAAUUCCUCGUCGCUGCUGCCGCACGGUCUGCAGCUCCCCGCAACUGCGGCUGCCAGCAUCAGCGCAAGCAACUCCUUGAUGCCUCACACUGCCUCCUCUGCAUACAACACCGGGACCGGCGCUGGUGCGUCAGUGCCCUACGGAUCCACGGAAGCGGCGAAGCAAAUGCAUUUGGGUAUGGAUCCAAGUGGACACGCAGCUGCAGCAACGGCGCAUCUUCUUGGAGCCCAUGCGCACCACCAUACUGGAGGGGCGCAACAGACGUCGUCGCCGCAUCAGCUUCCCCACGAUGGCAGCGGCUUAAAUCAGCAUGGUCAGCAUGACAUGCACAUGCAUCAUGGCGCCUUCGAGGGCUAUGACGCUGGCGCUGCAGCCGCAUUUCAACAGAGCAUUGCAGCGAUGGGUCUUUUUAACAUGCCCGCCGCAGGAUCCGCGGUUGAUGCGUCUUGUUGGGCCAGCACCGGAGCUGCCGGAUGGGGUUGGAGCGGUCUGCACCACGGCGCACGCGUCGACGGUACCGUCGAUCUUCAAAGUGGCUAUCACGGACACCUGCAGCAUCACCUAGCGGGGGCAGCGAACGGGGUAGACGCAGCUAAUCAUGCUUUCGUCAGCGCUGUAGGUGGCGUGGGAGAUCCAAGCCAGCAGCUGGCUGUCAAUGGCACGGGCGCGGGAUUAGGAGCGGAUUCGACCGCGCACAAUGCUCCCACUAGUCUAGCAGCAGAGCUCGCUGAAGCCGAAAACAUCCUGGACACGGAUAUUCCAGCGCAAAAAAUCUCAAAAAUGUACUUCACCAAGCUCUACCAGGAACGGCAGAUUACGGCUGAGACCUUCGUCGCUGUGGUGAAAAGCUUCGCGCCACCGUCGCGCAGCGGAUCUGGCGCAAACCGACCAGGAUCGCAGCCACCACCCGAGAUCACGGGCGGCGAGCAGCACAACUUUGCGAAGCGGAACAUCGCAAAGCGUUCUCAGGUGUUCGAGUUCAUGCUAGGCGCCUUUUUUCAGGACAUUCGUUACUACCCGCGAUACUCUGACACGGAUCUGAAGCUCGCAGGUCGGGUCAUUGGGCUGCUGCUUUACAACGACCUGGUUACGCCCAUCAAGACGAAGACGGCGCUCGCUUCGGUGACAGACAGCUUGAAGAAGCCGGAGGCCCGCAUGUGGAAAUUUGGGAUCGUUGCUUUGGAACAAAUGUUGGGGAAGAUUGCGACAUGGCCGAAACUCUGCGAGACCCUUUCGCAGAUGGAGGGUCUGAAGCAGGCCUAUCCUGCGUAUGUGAGCUACCUGGCUUCCGUUCUCGAGAAUCUGACGCCAGCCAUGCGGAGAAUGAACCAAAUUGACCAGAUUCCGCAGGCCGUGCAAGACAUUCCGCUCCCCUUUAUCGCAGAGGACCUAGCAGAACAGCCUGUUCGUUCAGGACAUCAGGCAACCUCUUCAGGAAAAGCACCGGGAACGAUCGCCUGCACUUCCUCGACAAAGCAACUAGGUGCGGCGCAGCAGGACGAAAGUACAGCCGCUGGCGCUGGUGACCAUGAGCAACAGUACCAGCAGCACUUUUCUAGGCUGAUAGCGGCUGGAGGAUCGGGUAGCGGGAAUCCCUCUCCAACGACAGGCAUGAACAUGCUUGCUGCGGCCUAUGCUCCACAUCCACGGAUGGCUGGGGCCUAUGCAUCUUCGUCUUUGCACUACAUGACGAGCGCACAGAGUAUAAGCGAGAUGGCCGCUGCGAGUAUGGAGCACUACAACAUCAACAAUGCAGCAAGUGCAACGGGUGCUGGGGCCGGAGGCCAUUUGCUUGUAAACGGUGGCGCUCCAGGGCUUGCCAAUGCGAGAGAGAAUGCUCUCGCUGGCACUGGUAUGAUAACAGUGGGGGGCGCAACGUCUUCGUCUAGCGGUACAGGGGCAGUGCCCGGAUCCAAGCAUCUCCACAAUAAUUACAACAGCUACAGCGCAUCAUCAUCAACUAGUCACCAAGACCCAAGGAUGCUUCAACAUGCAACAGAUCACCACGAAGCAAUAGCCGGCGGAGGAGGAGAGUCUAUUACCUACAACCCUGCAACAGGAGCAGGACGAGACAAUCUUAAUUUAGCACUUGGCGCAUCUGGCGUGCCGGGAGCGAUCGGAGGAACAACGUCAUCACCAGGCGCCCAGGCAACAGGGAGGGCAAAUCUUCACCUGCCUCAAAGCGGCGGAACUUCAUCGACAGGUGGUCUCGGUACAACUUUUUCUGUAGGAGGAGCUGCUCCAGCUACGUCACCGAUGGGACCGGAUGCCACGACGGGCUCGACGGGGUCCAAUUUGUCCAAGAAUAGCGUCACAAGCCUGAAUAACAAAAGCAGUAAUACCUCGACGGGUACGACUUCGGCUAGCGGAGCGUCCUCUGCAGGUGAUCAUACCUCGCAGCCACCUACAAAUACGUCAGGAGGAGGUAGCCACCAACCGCAAUCCUGGAGUUCUCCGUUAGGACUGAAAGAUUCCUUUGCCUUCGGCGGUCAGGGGGAACGGGCCUCGGUAGAGCAAAUUCUCCGUCAUCUAAAUAGACCGGAGCACAACGCUGCGGAAUGGUUCCAGCAGAAGGUGGUCGCAAGCGUGACCAGCCUGGCACAGGUGGACGACACCGUGACUGGUACGAAGCGAGCAACCGCCGUGGCUGAACAUGCGCGCGAGAUGCGAAGCCAUUGCAGUCUCGUACCCGACGACGCAUUGCACACCCACUACAGCUGGUUGGCGCUCUACAUCGUGAAGCAGCACGCUGCGACGACUGCGAAAAACGGCGUUUUUCUCGAGUUCCUCGAGAAACUGGACGAACCUAAACUGGUCGAGGCCAUCGUGACCGCCACGGAUGACUGUCUCAAGUUGCUCAUGGCCAACGUGGCUCACGCAGUGCAGUUUACAACGCAUCGCAUGAUUUUGAAGAACUUGGGUUUCUGGCUCGGUCAGCUCACGAUUGCGCGGAAUAAACCGCUGCUAUCACGGCAGCUUGAUCUCAAGGCUUUGCUGUUUGAUGCGUUCGACAGCGGCAGCCUUACUGCUGUUUUGCCUUUGGUGUGUAAGAUUCUCGAGGGCGUUGCUAAGUCGAAGGUGUUCCGGCUUCCGAAUCCCUGGACGCAGGCUGUGCUAUCGUUGUUGGCGGAGAUCCACGACAUAGAAAAUCUGCGCACAAACCUCGUGUUUGAGGUCGAAGUUCUCUGUAAGACACUGGAUAUCCAAAUCAAGGACUUGAAGCGUAGCGAGAGCCUCGUCGGCAAAACUCCAAAGGUGUACUCAGAUUUCAACAAUGCGGCACGCCAGAAACAAGCUGCCCGACGAGAGUCAGCAGAAAAAGCAGCUGCUAGCAAGGGGGGGAAGACGCCUGGAACCACAUUGUGCGGUAGCUUAUCUUCUGGAGGUGCACACCUACACUCGACGGACUCCGGACCCUGCUCUUCGACAGGUCAGCACAAAAAUAGCAUGUCUAGUAAUCAGCAGGUGAAUGCUCAGUACAACCAACAAAACACGACUGGAGGUGGAAAAAGCGGCACGAAUGUACAUGGCUUCAUUUUUUCUUCCAACACUGCGCGCGGUGAUGCUAGAUUUGGUAUGCCUGGUAAUGCGGCGAGCAGCGUUUCUCCCCUCGGAAGUCAGAGCAGUCAAACACAACACUUGUUUAUGAGUGGUUCUGGAGGUGUAGCAGGCCGAGUGUCGGGUAUAAUGACCCGCUCACACCGUGCUUCUACUGCGGCCAGUAACCGAGAUAUUCCCGUGCUACCGGGGUUGUGUGUAAACACUGCUGCGAUGCCAGGGGCUCGCCACUCCGGGCACAACGGACUCAGUGGCGCUGCAGGGAACCUCGCGAACGGAACUGGUACAAAUCCGUAUGUCUUCAGCCCUAGUGCGAGAGGAGGUCAGAGGCAGACGAGCGGCGACCGGCUAGGACGAACUGCUUCGACGGGUGGAGCAAGUGGAAAUAUCUAUGAUAUUUCAGGUGCGACAGAUCAAGAUCAUCACCAUCAGCAACGAGCGGGGCACCAGCAUCACCUUCAUCCGAGUCAGAAAAUGUCCUCUGGGAAUAUGAUGUCAACAUCAACUUCAACCUAUCACAGUGCCAAUAAUAGCAAACUGUCUACUUCAGGUGCAGGUGAGGUUUCCGUCUACGGACAAGCGGAUUAUAAUCCGAAUAACUACUCUACUGCACCUGUCGCACAGCCACAGACGCACCAUAGCACCAGUGCCAGCUCGUCUGGAGGGCAGCAGCAGCAGCAUCAUCCGGAACAACCUAGCACUUUUGUGAUUGGUGUUUUGCCAAAGUUGGUGCACUACCUGUCGGACAAGCUUCUGAGCGUGUUGCCUAUGCUGCACCGCGUGGUUCCCCACGCAGUAGACAAUGCAAUUCGUGAGAUCAUAGGUCCCACGGUUGAGCGGAGCAUCGGAAUCAGCUGUUUGUGUACUAAAGAAGUUGUCUCCAAGGACUUUGCGAUGGAGGGGGAUGAAAAUAUGGUUAGAAAGGCAGCACAGCUGCAGGUUUCGAGUCUGGCUGGACACAUUGCUGUUGUCACCGCUCGAGAACCCCUGCGAGUGGCCAUGUUGGCGCAAUUUUCGGCGCUGCUGCGAGAAGAGAAUGUCCCGCGACUGUUCGAUCAGGCAUUGCAGAACACUGGAGCAACGCCGCUGUCAGCCGAUACGGUAGCAGAACUGCAAAAGCUGUCAUCCGUGUGGGCCAAAGUUAUCGAGCCGUUAUACAUAAACUUUCUUUGUGCUUUGUCAGUGUUUGCUUAGGUUUGAUCCUUUCAACUUUACUCGACCGACGUCUAGAAUGACUAGAAAGGGUAGUUAAGAUCAUACCAAGAGCAACAUGGGUUAUACAAUUAUUCCAUCAACACAACGUUUCUCUAUAAUUCUCCUCUAAUCAAACGCACGAGGCCGAUCAAGCUCGUGGCGGACCUCAUGCGAAUUUUCUUGGUCAUUCACCGGCAAAUAAUUUUGACAACUUGAUGCACGCUUUGGCGCGGAGUAACCUGAACAUUGGUUGCCAGCUGAUUGAGAAGGCUGCUGUGGACAAAGCAUUGGCACACAUUGAGCAUCACAUUUAAGAGGCGCACGCUUGAAUUUGAAUUCAAGAUCAACAUCAAAAAUAUAUGUGUUGUUUCUACUGUUGCACUCGUCGACGUGACUUUUCUUCAAGAAAACUACACGUAGAGAGGGUUGAAUUCGCUUUCGUCGAAUAUAUGAAAUCAUUUGAGCGGUGUCCUUUCAUUUUCUACGAGGAUAAGAAAAAGAAUCUCAUCUAAGAUCUGGCUCCUGCUGUCCAGAGUCGCAAGGAGCAUCGACAGAACUUUCCUGGUAAGAGCUACGCAGAUCCCUAUUACGCGGGCGAGGGCCAGGGCGGGGGUCGUUGGCCCGAGCAGCUUCCGGACAUCCUGCGGCCGAAGCCAGGGCCGCUCUCCGCGUCCCACUUGAAGGUCUACAAGGACUUCCAGUCGAUAGGAAUUCAGCCUUCUCCAGCGAAGAAAUCUGGAGGAGUCUCCGGAUCUUCAGCUCAUGACGUUGGGGUAAGCGAAAGUGGCACAAGAAUCGGAGUCAUUGGGAGCGGGUAUUGAUUUUCAUUCUAUGGAUGCAAGUUAUGGAUUCCAUGUUCAUCUGUUGAUUUAGUGGAGGAAGAGGAGCUAAGCUCCGUAUCAUUUUCCAUGUCCUACAAUUACUUACAGAAUUGUGCCACCGGGUGGCGGUGGGUCAAUUGGUGGCAGUCGCGAAUCUGGUCUAGACGGCCUUUCCGACGAUGUCAACCCGAGGCCCCCGCCGUUGCCGGAGAUGGCGCAGUGGCUGUCGGCUUUUGAGUGUCGCUUCUUUGACAAGCAACCAGCAGCUAUUCUUGCGGAAACGCCGCGGUUGUUUGAGUUACAGGUUGCGGAACCUUGGGCCCGGGACUUGACGCGAUUGCAGUCGGAGAUGCACCAGCAAUCGCCAGAUGAUAGCUGUCUUUCCUUUCUCAAGUGGGAAACCUGGGUAUCUAUAUCUUGUAAUGCACAUCAUCAGGGACAGGCUGAGCCUGAGGCUUGAAUAAAUUGAAUUCGCGUACCAGUACCUGGAAUUGUUUUCGCUUUUUCCCGUUCUUUCCAGCACGACGUGUGCACCAUCAAGGUGACUGUACGACUUCACUUUCGUCGUCUAGUUGUAUCUUCUUGAUUUACAUACUUCUCAAAUCAAUUUUGAUACUCACCAGAGUGCCUACGUCGCACUGAUGUGCCUUCCAGCGUCGCAUAAUUUAGCGAUUCGUUUGCGAGAGUUACCGAAGAUGCUGGCGAGCAAUCAGUUCGCAUUUUUUGACCAAAUGGGAGCAACUCUUCAUCCGUCGGUUUUACCAAUCCCUAAUAUGAAGUCUUAUCCCAAUGAGCAAUUGAUUGGUCUCUACGUCGCGAACCGGAUAUUCCGUAGAUACACGGACAUUGUGGUGAAACUGCACAGGGAUGAGGUACCACGCUCACCAUUGUUGUAACUACAUCGUUUAUUCUGUUCCUGUCGUGCUCGUGCUUAAUAGAAAUAGGACUUUCAGGGCGAUUGUUGAAAGUCAAAAAUUGUGUUACAGCAUUUCAAUCACAAUCUAAGUACGUCCAAUGCAAGAUGUGGACCUGUACUUCUAGCGCGGCUUUGAUUGAGAACACAUAUUUAUAACUCACCACCCAAGUUGUAGUAGGAGUGACACUUGAGUAAAAAAACAACAACAAAAUAAAUCUAGGCGUCUUCCUGCACGACGAGCCGGACCACGGCUCCGAUUCCUUCACCGGAGACGGAGGUUCUGCGCUUUCAAAUGGAGCUUUGCUUAGCUAUUCUUGGCGUCUUACAUCAGCAUCUGAACUUGGACCAGCUGCCGAGUACCCUCGUCGCCUGGCUGGACAAAAGCGCGUCUCCGAAGUUACAAAUGCUAAAGGAGCAAACGCCUUCUCCGCUGCGUGUUACCAGCGGUCUAUAUCUGCCUCGUGCGGUGCACGGUCUUUUCAGAUACGGACUUGUCGAUCCGCACAGAAUUGACUCGGCAUUGCAAGGUGAUUUGCAGGCGUGCUACUGUACGGUCACGCAAGCGUUGGCGAUUUUCUACAAGUCGUCUUCCUCUUCCUAUAGAAGCAAGAACUCUCAUCCGCAGACCGCAGUUCAACAAGACAAUAACAAGGAGCAUCUGCAAAGUACUAGCACGGCGGCAUCUUCCAAUGGAGAGGACCUUUGUAGUCCCCCCUCUUCACAAGACGAUGUAGUUCCCGGUCAAACUAAAUGCAAAAACACGUCGACCCCAGGACUGGAUAACCACCUGGAACAGGAACACGACGCGUCUGCUGGCGUUACCUUCUUCCGCAAGUGGUUUCCUGCGUGUCCAGGAGUUUCAACUGCAAAAACAAUGGACGAUAUUGCGCAAUCCUCGGAGGUUCUGGCUCGCUGCGGAGUCAUGUGCGGGCAAAUGUCGAAGUAAACACUCUACUUUGCUCCUAGUUCCUGGUGAAUCAAUGUGUAAGUACUUCAUGGUUUUCUACUUGAGGAAGACGAAGAGCCACAUCAUAACUUUUACUACUUCUUUCGACACAUUGAUUUUACAAAAAUCAAAAUUUCCGAUUCAGACGAUGUGGAUGUUUCUAUCAAUCUUCAGCUAUUUCCGAGACCUUUCGGGAAUGAUUCCUUUAGGGCGUACUUUUAGCUUUAUGGCGAAACUUCUAGCUGAGGAAUCCGAGCUUGACAAUCCGCAGAUGCACGCCAUCCGCAUGGGCUCGACUCAUUUAUUCCGCUCUUGGAUACCCGAAAACGCGAGGACAGCGCGACCCCAAUUGCUGAUAACUUCGGGACCCACCUACAGCCCGGCGCUUCUGGAAAGCGUUCAGCCAGUAAUGAAUAAACGGAUUCUUGAAGUACACGUGACUCCUUACUCUUAGAAGUACUCUUCACGUGUUUCGCUUUCUUUGUCCACAAUUCGAUGUUGAUCGUGCUCUUGAUUGUCAGCGAAGCCUUCGAUUUGCCGACUGAAAAACUUCGUGUGAAACUUUUGAAUCCUUAAACUCUUUUCUGUAGGUUUAUCAAUGGUGCCGCCCUGUGCUGGAGAUAAUGGCGAAACAAGCCGCUGGCAGUACAGCACCAUCAUCCACGUCGAGUAUUCCCAUAGCUACUCCUAGUGGGACAAAUGUUCCAGGUGAGCAGUUGUCGGACGAGCAGUUGGCCGAACUGUUCGAAGAGUGGGUUCAGAUUUUCUUUGAGAAAGCAGAUACGGACGUUCGUAUAGUCGGCGCUCAUCGCCACGAGAGUUACUUGGGCUACGUGCGGAAGUUGCAGGAUCUAGGUAUGGGCUCUUCGCCUGCCUUUUGUGAGCGAUAUAUGGCUGUUGCGUGCAAAGUUGCCGUGCGGCGUGCUAUGAACUCAGCAGGCCCGUUGCCGGAUAGAACCGCAGACGCGACAAGGAAAGAUCAGUCUUCCGGCACAGUAACUGGAGAGAAAACGCCACCAGCGCAUGGACCUUUGGGUGGAGUAGUCCAAUCAGGCUUCGACAUACCUUCAUCAGCUGGUGAGCGUGGAGCACCAAAUAACGUCGACGAAGUUGUAGGCCAGACCGACACCAUUCGUGCAAAAUCUAGUUGUGAUGAACCCGAGGGGAAAUCAAGCUGCUACGAAUAUGAUGCAGUUUCGGCGGAGAAGCAGCACGAUAUGGACUAUUUCGCAGUUGACGCUUUGACACGAUUGAUUUCAUCAUUGGUGAAAGUAGAGGCCCACAGAUUUCAGUCUGUGGAUAUUUUCACGAGGUCACUUUCUAUGGUCGCCCGACAGCUUCAACAUGAUCAUCACGCUUCUAGUCCUUCUCGGCGCUCGUCCGCAUGUAAGAAAGGCGCUCCAGCAAACCAAGUCUCUGCUUCAUCUUGUUCGACGAAGACUGCUCGCUCCUGUCAGAAACAGCCCCAACAAUUGCACAUCAACGCUCCCCUUCGAGGAAGUGAUUGUGUAGAAAAUCAAGACCCCAACUCGCACAAUGUUAGUCAUAAAGAUCAAGAAGACCAUCAAGAACAACUAAGCCAUCAGGAGCAGGAGGACGACGCUGGGUGUCAACACUUCAAUCAACGUCCGUAUUUCCGUAUUGUCGUCAAUUUGUUGGGUGACAUGCUUCAUUCACCUGACUCCGACUUCGGUAACAUUCGCUGGCCAGUUUUAUGCGCUUUCCAAAGCUUUCUGUUUCACACAUGCCCCACGCGCCUACCGGGCUUCAGUUUCGCGUGGCUCUCCUUGUUUUCGCAUCGUUGGUUUUUGCCAGCACUGUUGAAUUACAAGCAGCAACGCGGUUGGCUGGGUUUCCACCGACUCAUGCUGUUGCUACUUACCUUCCUGGAGCCACACUUGCUCAAGAAUACCCCUCUAUCUGACACAAUGCGCCUCCUCUACAAAGGCACGCUCAGGGUGUUGCUGGUAAGUUUACAUCUCUACAAUUUUUUUCUACUACUUGUUAAUCAACAAAAAUCAAAACCAAUUUAUAUCAACAUGAAGAUCAACAUCAACAUGAUCAUUAAAGCUGAUCAUUAAAAACGACGGUCAAGGCGAAGGAAGCCGAAGCAACAUGUCCUCCAAAUUCUCAGUUACGCUCCUUUGUCACGAACAAUCUCGAACUCAACAGGUUUUGCUGCAUGAUUAUCCAGAGUUUUUAUCGGAUUAUCAUUUCUCCUUUUUGGAAGUCGUGCCAGUGCGCUGUAUUCAAGUGCGAAACCUGUUGUUAUCUGCGUUUCCCCGGCGUUUGCGAUUGCCGGACCCUUUCGCGGGUUUGAAGGUAGACUCGCUACCCGAAAUUCGCAAAUCGCCACGCAUAUUGUGCCACUUCGCUAUCUUACUAGGCCCAGUGCGUCUGACCAUUGACCACUACAUCCAGGAACGCUCUGCAAAUCGGCUACCACCUUGGAUUCAGUACAACAAAAACAACGUGUCUGACGUCGCAGAGCACCAAGGAGCUACUAGGAGUGCUUGCGUCCACGCGCAGAACAAUACUACUAGCACUGAAAGAACCCCUACAGCGACAACAACUAUGGGAAGCCAACAAGGCCGUGCUAGUAGAACCGCUUCAACGAGCAAAAGAACCACAACCGCAACAUCCGACGGCAUAACAAACAGUAUCCCAAGUCUCUCAUCUAGCGGCGAUCGAAAAGCCGAGACGAGACAAAACAAUGGAGAGGUGCGAACGACGGGAACUGGCCCGGCUUGUCCCGUGACAAACCUCGCAGGCGAGGGAGGACACGGAGAUCUUCGUCGCGGUAGUAAGGCGUCAAGUUUUCGCGAACAAAACGUAUCGCGUCCGGGUCCAACAGCAGCGAAAAUUUUGGAAGACAUACGGCGAUGCCUUUUGCUCCCUAUGAAAGAUAUGCUGCGUCGAGGCACCAAGUACGACACUGCUCUGAUAAACGUCUUGGUGCUCUACGUUGGUUUACAGAAUCUCGUCGUCGUCGAUCCAAGUGGAACGAGUCAUCCUAGUCUCGAGAUCUUCCUCUACUUGGUCCACCAGGCUGACGAUGAGGGAAGGUAAAAAUCAGCACAGACCAAAUGAUAAAAAAUCUUGCGAAGUUUUUUGAUUGAACAAGAAGCACUACUACUAGAAGCAGCAAAGUUCUUGCGGUUAAGUACUUAAGUAGGUUGUUGAUGAUAUGGAUGCCCAUCCCUCUCAUCUCCGCACCAGGUAUCUGAUUCUAUCCAUGGUAGCCAACCACCUGCGGUUCCCGAACAAGCACACGCAUUAUUUCUCACGCACGUUACUCUACCUGUUUAUUGUCGCUGGUGAAGGGAUUCAAGAGAUCAUUACUAGAGUGCUGAUCGAGCGACUCAUCGUACAUCGACCGCAUCCUUGGGGGCUUCUUAUCACGUUCAUCGAGUUGAUCAAAUAUGGCCACAACAAGCUCCAAUACGACUAGAAUCGAACAAGCUCAACUCUUUUGUUUGCACACUGAAAUAUACCUACAAGUAGACCACUUCCACUUCGAGCUAACAUUUUCUGUCACCAUGAUUAAAAACUAGAGGAUUCAUUGUUCGUCGUAAAAUGCCGGCUCUAACUUGCGAACCCCGCUUACAAUUUUUGGGAUCGACCUUUUGUGCACUGCGCGCCCGAAAUUGAGGGCUUGUUUCGGAGCGUUGGAACGACGUGCCUCGGUGCGGACAAUACGAUGCCGACCGCGAGCAUGCCUCGGGCAUCGUCUGCAGGAGGAGGAGGCGGCGCAAGUGCUGAGCAGACGUCGAAAAACACUCUUCCAGUUGCAGAUGCUGGGCUGGAAAAAUAGCUAGGGCGGCUGGAAUUUUUUGGUCAUAGCGAUGAAGAUACAUUAAGAUGUAUGACACCUCCACUUUCGCUAACGAGGGGCAUGUCAAGCUAUUCUUUCUUAUAAUGACUUGGCAAGGACUAGGACACGUAUUUGAUUACGACUAUACCGCAAUCAAUUUCACCUGAUACCAUUUUCCGUUCUUGACACUGGUAGUGGCAUCCGACACUCUCUUGGUUGUGUGUCAUUUGAUUUUAGUGCGUCUAGCGAGUAGCUUGGUGCUGUGCCUGUCGUGGCUGAGAACACAGGAAUAUUCAGCAUACCCAUGCUCUGCGGAGCAUGCUUAUGAAAACGGGAACAAAGAAUGGUCGUCUACAGUACAGAAUAAUUUAUAAUCUCAAGAACUCCGUCUUUCUUUCCGUAUGGCUCUGAAUAUUUUUAUGUCAUCUUGUAAUUACGUACAAUUAACAGUAAACACGAAGACGAAACGCCCGACCCCGAGCAUCGGCAAGAACGUGACAGAAGGAGGAUUUUUUCAUGAUGUCGAAUAGUACUGUUGGGGAUGAGGCGUCUGAUUUUGGCUUGGAGAGCCAAAAGCUAUUUUCAAAAACUAAUGAUCACAAGAAUCCAUCAUUUGAUGUAAGGAUGUUACACUAAUGACGACAUAUUCUUACCACUUUUUCAAUUCAAUCCGUACUACGAAAUUUUGGAUAUUGAUCUUGUAUGUUGAUCCGUCCUUAUGAAUAAAGACCCUGGGAGGUGCAUCCCUCCUGCCACCGCUUGCAGGUACUAUCCAAUACCUCACUUUUACAUUGGCAUGUUGUUUGACCUUGUUAUGAUUCAUAGACAUCUAUUUUUACUUCAUCCUCCUGUGAAACUUUCGUAUUGUUUUAGAUCUGCGCAGAUUGACACUGACAGUAUCGAUACAUGUGAAUUUGAUUCAGAUUUUUGUCUCCAUUUGUACCUUCAUCGAAUUGGAUCGUCCAUACUAGUAUAUUAAAUUGUUGUUGAUGACCGAAAAUAAAAUACAACCUAUUUUAUCCAAUACCACACUGCCUCAGAAGGCUUUCUACUCCAACAAAACAGUCAUGUGCCGCCAAUGAAGCUGAUGUAGAUUUUAUUCAUCCGAAAACAUUGAUAAAAUUCUAAUUCAUUGAUAUUAUCAUUAUGCUUCUUUGUGCUGGGCCUAAAAAAUCAUGUUUUGGUAAAAGGGUGAGCAAUUACAUGUCAUCAUAGAAAACUCCUAUCGAAAUGGAAUGACCUGAAAGAACGAGCACGGGUGCUAUGUAUUUGAGGCUGGCAUUGGCAGCUUUUCGAUGUUAAUCGUACUUUUUGUUUUGAUCUAUCAGUCAUCUUCAAGAAAAAAUGAAAGAAUACUUAAAUGUGCUAAAAGUGUUUAGUCCAGGAUUGUUGACUAGAGACAUGAUGAUUUCUUCGUUUUUCGGCCAAGGUGCCUGGUUGUUAGUUUGUCAAUCUAUUAAAAAUAUUAUCUAUCACUGUAGUGAAAGAAUCAUCAUGACAUCAAAUGUUACAAGCGUUCAACAUACUCGUUACUUCCUCGACGAGUUGUGACGAGGUCGCUUUUCCCAAGAACUCGGUCGGACCUCACCAGUACGUGGACAAUGAUGAAGCGAAAUUUAGUGUGACAAGAAAGCAUGGUCAUCUAUAGAAACGAACCCACUUCAUCUCAACAUGCUGAUGUACUACCUGGUUGUUUUCUUCACCUCGAACAUCAAGAGACUGUCUUCUCAUGUGGCCCACCCGCGCAAUCAUUGAUGUGUGUCGAUAAAAACAUGCGAUCAUGUAGAAAGAGGUACAUUCAUUGUAAUAACACUUCCCUUAAUCAUUGUCUUUGUCGUCGAAGGCCGCGAUUGAUGUCCGUAUCUCUCAAUUUGUCGGCUGAU